AGUCAUUGCUACCGGUCACUGUUCAUAACCAUACGCACACUCGACUGUGCUGCGUAAACGAGCUUGCCCGAACAAGCGCUUCGACCAGGAUGACGCUUGACGCAUAACCAUUUCUGGGUAGCUGCAAUAUGAGGCUAUUUGAAGACUACUCUUAGCAUCCUACUGUUGUUGCACUGGGACAUGGUCUCAAAUCCUUUCGUUGCUUUUACGCCAGUGCCGUCCGCCGGAAAGACUGCCGACCUCAGCACGGCGGAAAAGCGAAAACAGUCGGUGCAAGCAGUAUGGCGAGGCUUCUAUGCCCGCUGGGAGGGCCCAGCAGCUGAGACAAUACAACGCUGGUGGAGGGGCCACCUUGCGCGUCGUUUCGUCAGGGCGUUGAAGCAUGGUCGCUUGCUCAGGACCGCUAUCCGCUCCCAAGCGGAGGAGACCGCCGCUGUGGUAAUCCAGCGCCACUGGAGGGGCUUCCUGGGCCGCUUGAGGGCGCAGGAGCGGCGCAAGGCGGCAAUCGACAUCCAGCGCUGGUGGAAGGGCUGCCGUGCGCGGAAGGAGUGGCCUCGGCUGCGGCUGCGGUGGCGGGCGCAAAAUCACUACGCGACUGACAUCCAGAGAUGGGUCAGGGGUCACCUUGCCCGAUUGAAGGUGAAGCGGAUGAACGAGGCGACUGCUGCCGCGGCGGCCGCGGCUGUGGCGUUAGCGGCGGCUUCGGAUGCGGAAUCUCGGCGGCAUGCGGCAGCGGCUCGGAUACAGGCUCACUGGCGGGGCUACCAGGCUCGCAAACGACGUGCGUGGCUGCAGCGAGAGGCAAUCAAGCGCCGCCGCUACGAGCGAAGGGUGGCAGCAGCCAAGGUUAUUCAAGCCCACUACCGCGGCUGGUACGUGCGCCGAGCAGUGGCUCGUGUGCGAUCGCUAGCAGCAACCGCCAGCAGCGGUGACAGCGGCGGCGGCAGCAGCAGCAGCGGCAGUCCCCUAACCCCCGGCUGUCUGGCAGGAGGGGUGGUUGCAGCGCCCGGCAUUGCGGGCGACACCCAAGCCGCCAUUCUAUUGCCGUACGGCGAUUAUGGCAACGGUACGGAAGAGGGAGAUGAGGGGUUGGCGUACGAAUGUCGCGUGCCGCUGGGCCAUCCUGUGCCACCACCACUGCCGUCGCCGCCGCCAGCAGUAACACAGCACCAGCAGCCUCAGCAGCAGCAACGGGCGGCGGUGAAGAUGUUGGCGGCUGUUGGCGGUGUUGGGGGGGCUAAACAUGUCCAACAGCCGCGUGCUAAUGGUGUGGCGGCCAAGGCAGGAGGAAUGAAAGGUGUUGCGGCGGCCGCGGCGGUAGCGAGUGCUACCCCUCAUGGCAGAGCUAACGCCCCAGAGGAAGGUCGAAAGCCUGUCGUACAAGCACCUACGGCGUCAGCUGUUGCCCCGAAUCCGCGCUGCAGUAGCAGCAGCAGUAGUAGCAAAACGCAGCGGAGUGACCCACGGGUCAGUCCGGUUGCUUCGUCGCUUAGAACCGCCGUGCCGCCGAGUCGCGGCAUGGGCAGUAGCAGCGCCGCAGCUGCUGCCACUGGAAGGGUGAUCGUCACUACAACGCUGCAAGUCGUCACGACAGUUAGAUCACCAGCCAAUCAGCCGGCUGUUAUUCUUUCUGGCGGCGACAACUUCACCCAAGCCAAGCGUAAAACUAGCGAUGACAGCAGCUGCUGCAGCACUUCCACAACCACCAUCCCCAGCUGUAGCAGUAGCACAAGCAGCAGCAGCGGCAGCCCCCCACAGGGCACCUGCAGCAGCAACAAUGACAGCACCACAGUUACCGACACCGCCGCCGUCUCCUCCCCCGCCACCCUCGCUGCUCUUACCAACCCGGGCGCAACGACUCCGACGCCGCCUCCAACAUCACCCUCGACACCGCCAGGGCCCCUCAGACCCAUGGGUCAACCCCGGGCGCCGCCCACGCCGCCGCCCCCAUCAAAACCCUCAACCCCCGCCUCGUUGUCCGCUAUUUCCCCACGUCCCACACCGCUUCACACUCGCUCAACAAAGGCCAGCGUGGCUGCCCCAGGGCCGUUGCGAGCACCUCCCUCACCCUCUUCAGCGCCUGCCUCCCCGGCAACACCCACAGCCCUGCAUCCCAGACCUCCUCCAGGUCCGUUACGCACCCCACGACAGACUGCUGCGGCGGCGACAGCGGCGGCGGCGGCGGCACCUGCUUCCCUCUCAACGCCCAGCCAGCAGGCUGCGACUGCAACCAUCGUUACAGCACCUCCACGCGCGCUUGCUAGCCCAAACACCGACGCUGGCGUUGCCCGUACGGGACGUCCCAGCAGUAGCAGUAGAUGCCGUACAACUAGCAACGCCGGCAACCUGAGUGGCUGCAGCAACAGCCGACCGGCAUCACCUGCCGUACGUUAUGUUAACAAGGCCCCUGCUACGGCGGUUACACCGGCAGUAGCAGCAGCAGCAGCAAAAGUGACAUCCCUCCAGCCAUCCAAGCCUGGCACACCCAGUAACGCGCCCAGUAAGACCUCUCACAAACCUGAUAGGCCAGGAAGCAGAGGCAACAACAACGCAGCCGCCUUAGGUCUGGCGGAAGGAGGCGACCAGCCAUCUAGCACCGCCACUGCCUCCGCUACCGGUGCCACCCUUCGCACUGUCGGCAACAAAAGCAACAGCAGUGGCAGCGUUAGCGCCAGCGUCAGUUGCACUGAUGGCAGCAGCAACAGCGGUAGUGGCCCAUCCGAACUGCGGCCUGCCCAGCCCUUGCCGUCGCGACCAAAGCCACUGCUGCAACGAACCCAAACAGCUCCAACCCCAAGAACCCUCGCCCCGUCGACGCCAUCGCAGCCCUCCUCCGUCCUGUCCACCAGUCUCUCUGGAUCUUUGCCGCAUCCGCCUCCGCC